UGAACCUUUUUACUAUCACUGUUCUCUUCUUCUUCUUCUUCUUCUCUCUGUAAUCAAAAAAAUCUCAUUUCCAAUUCAAAUUUUCUUCUCCAUCGCCAAUGGCGUCUUCUUCCUCAACCACACUCACAAUGCCUUGCUCACCCAAAAAACUACGCUCGCCCAACUGGCUGAAGUUGCCGCGGGACUUGACUGCGUCGAUUCUUUUUCGGCUGGGCGCGAUCGAAAUCAUGACCAGUGUUCAGAUGGUCUGCAAAUCGUGGCUUGAUAUCUGUAAAGACCCUCUCAUGUGGCGAACCAUCGAUAUGCGUAACGACGGCGAUCCUGAUUCGGAUUUGGACCUCGAACAGAUGUGUUGCGAUGUUGUUGAUCGCAGCUAUGGCCAACUCCUUGAUAUUAACAUCGAGUACUUUGGAACUGAUGAGCUUCUUCACUAUAUCACUGCUAGCUCAAGUCAGAUCAAACGCCUUCGACUUGCUUCUUGUUAUAAUGUCUCAGAUGAGGGCUUGAUUGAUGCUAUUGAAAAGCUUCCAUUGUUGGAGGAGCUUGAUCUGACUCUAUGCUCAUUUUCAGAAAAUCCUCUUAAAGUAUUGGGGCGCUGUUGCCCUCAUUUCAAAACUUUGAAAUUGAACACUCAAGCUUAUAGACUCACAGACAUAGAUCCUGAUGAAGAGGAAGAUGUUAACUGGGAUGUGUUCAUCAUUGGCGAAAACUUCCCAAAAUUACGCCACCUUCAGCUCAUCGGAAACUCAAUGACCAACAAAGGCUUAGAAGCCAUUCUUGAUGGCUGUCCUCAUCUCGAAUCACUUGACCUGCGUCAAUGUCUCAAUAUCAAUUUCAAAGGAAAGUUGGCAAAAAGGUGUACUGAGCAGAUUAAAGUUAUACGGCUACCUCAAGAUUCACUUGAAGGGUGUGGAUUUAUUGUUGAUCCUGAUCACGGGUUUCUCGGGGAAGGCCAUGCUUUAUCCUUUGCUUGUUCCAAUCCCGUCUUGGGUUUCAAUGAUGACAGUGAUUGUGGAUACUCAAGCGAGUAUAGAACAUGGUAACUGCUCAUACGUGUGUUCCAUGUGAUUUUAUGGCCAUUAACUAUGAUAGACUCUUUUCUAGCAUAGAAAACAAAUAUCAUAUGAUUAUAUGAUCUUACAGAUUGUUGAACAUCAUAUGGAGAUUCGAGUGUAGAUUCUAGCUAGUUUAUCUAUUUGUUGAGCAGUUUGGAAUCGAGUAUGGACUUUAGGAAAAACCAAGUCUACUGAGUCUGGUUUUUCUUUUUGUAAUAUAAACUUAAGAUUGACUAUAAUCACUCUUUUUAGCUCUAAAGAAA